CGGAGUUCUAAUUAGCCUCGAUUGAAUUUGCGGCGUGUCUUCGAUUUGAAUAUGCAUGAAAUAAUCACGUUGCAGCUCGGCCAACGGGCAAAUUAUCUGGCCACACAUUUUUGGAACCUUCAAGAAUCAUAUUUUACAUACAACGAAGAUGAAGAGUCACCGGUAGACCAUGACGUCCAUUUCCGACCCGGUGUCGCAGCAGAUGGCUCGGAGACCUUCACCCCUCGAACCGUCAUCUAUGAUUUGAAGGGGGGUUUUGGCACUCUGCGCAAAUAUAAUGCUCUCUACCAGUUGUCCGAAGAUGCCAACCCCGGUCAAGGCCUGUGGGACGGGAAAGAAACAAUACAGCAACAGACUCCCAUCCCUCAGAGUGACUAUCAGAGGAACCUGGAUGCAGGCCUCCCCGCCCCAGCACUUUCUUCCGAGACGGUCCGAUAUUGGUCGGACUACAAUCGUCUCUUCUACCACCCGCGAUCAAUUGUGCAGCUCAAUGAAUAUGAGCUGAACUCGAAGAUCAUGCCAUUUGAGGAUUGGGGCGUUGGAGAGGAACUUUUCAACGACCUCGACAAGGAACACGAUCUGCUGGAUCGGGAUCUGAGACCCUUUGCAGAGGAGUGCGAUCAAAUGCGCGCAAUCCAGAUCUUUACCGGCUCAGAUGACGCUUGGGGUGGCUUCGCUGCUAAGUAUGUUGACAGAAUUCGGGAUGAAUAUGGCAAGAAGGCAGUCUGGGUUUGGGCUUUAGAGAAUGGCCGAAAGGUUGAUCGGCAAACACAAUUCAAGCGGAAUUUGAACAAAUCUCGGUCCAUAUACGCUAUAGCUCCACAAGCUUCUCUGUAUACGCCUAUCAUUGACCCCCCUAGUCGCAUACCGUCCACAAUUCACAUCGACCCUCACUCCGAGUGGUACACAUCAGCAUUGAUCAGCUCUGCUUUGGAGAGCGUGACGUUGCCCACUCGCCUUCGGCCUUACCACGAUUUUGAGGCAUCACUGGCAGGAGACGAUGGCGUUCACAAGAUAUUCGAGCUCCAGUCUACGAUUGUGCCAGAGGACGAGAAUACCGAGCGGCCGAACCAAGGCUUUACAACACAGGCCCAGCAAGCGGAAGACAAGGAAGACACCAAGUCCAACGCAAAGUUUGAGUUGGACUUCACGUACGAUGGUCUGGACAGCGACAAAGCCCAUAUUUUCAACCAGCUUCAAGUCUCACGUGGCAUCAUCACUACGAGGAAAGACCAGUCGUCAGAAGAGGACCUGGGUACCGUGCGCAGGCAACGGCUGUACAAUUCCGAGCCCAUGUUCCAGAGGUUCCAUGCACCGCUGCCGUUUCCCAUCUUGGAUAGCUUCCCACGCAACAUGUUUACACUUCCUCAGGCGAAGGAGAAGGUGCAAGUGCUUGCAGCCUUGACAGCUUCCUCACGGACGGCAGAGAAGCUCAAAGGACUGGAGACGCUCGCGGGACGGGUUGCGGGGGUGGAUGAGAGGGAGGCGUUGGUCAACGGGUUGGGAGAGAUUAGGGAGUCGUAUGAGACUGGAUGGAUGAGCGACUCCGACUUCGAUGAUGAUUAAACG